UUUUGACAGCCAGGGUGUGGGGUGUUAACCGUACGCUGUGCUUUUUGCAGCCUUCACAGAGGUGAGUGCUUCUCUUGUUACUUCCUGUCUCUCAGACAGCCGAGCCCCACAAAAAGGAAACCAGACCAACCAGCAGCUCACGAUGAGCCUCGGCAGCACCAUGAUAGAUUGAUCAGCUGUUGCGCUGUUGAGACGCAGUCCUUCGAUCGUCGAAGACAAAGACCAGACCAAGAUUAGACCGUAAGGCUCUCUCUCCAUGUCUACACUGACUCCCUCGAGUCCCAGUAGUCUCACAGCACCGGUUCUGGUCCAGUUCCAGCUGGGUCUGUUCAGGGAGGUGGUUCGAGUCCCUGCGGGCAACCUGAGCUACCGUCAUGCCCGGAGGUUGGCUGCUGAGGUCAUAGAGCGCAAGGCUCCAGACUGCAGUGUGGUGGGUGUCGGGGAGAAGAUUCUGCUGUUCAGACAUCAACCUGCCUCCGAGCAGUUGCUGCAGCGGCUGACCGACUCCGACGAGCUGCAGGAUGGCGACCUCAUUGAGGUCAUCGUUUCAGGAUCAGCCUCCGUGACGCAGGUGACGAUGCGUCCACACUCCUUGGCGGUGCAGUCGUACCGGACCCCCACUUUCUGUCACCACUGUGGAGAGAUGCUGUGGGGCCUCGUUCGGCAGGGUUUAAAAUGUGACGGUUGUGGAUUAGACUUUCAUAAACGUUGUGCUUUGCAGUUGCCCAGUAACUGUAACCGAGCACGGCGUCAGGUUAGCACCAGCUUUUCCCUGUUUCCACCCCGGCGACCUCGCACACACUCGCUGUCCAAUCAGGCAGGCGGGAGUCUAGAAGAGAUCAGCAAGUCCAAGCCCGCGUCCAGGCCUCCAUCCUGGGCCGAGGCUCCGGUGUGGCUGGGAGUCGGGUACAGCGACUGGAGCAGGGCUCAGGUCCCUCACACCUUCCACAUCCACAGCUACACCAAACCCACCGUCUGCCAGUACUGCCACCGGCUGCUCAAAGGCCUCUUCAGGCAGGGGCUGCAGUGCUCAGACUGCAGGUUUAACUGCCAUCGGCGCUGUGAGCCUUUAGUCCCCAGAGACUGUCCCGGAGAGAGGAACGGCAUGAACGGGGAAGAGAGCCCAGCAGCUGAUCACAGCUGCCAACCAGACUUGGAGGACAAUGAGUCAGUGAUCACCAGCACCACAGAGAUCUGCGACGAUGACAUGUUCACCGAUGAUGACUCACAGGCAGAGACCGGGGAAGUCGAGCAGCUGCGAGAGCCGAUGAGUCCGUGUUUCAGCAGCAACAUCCCCCUGAUGAGGCUCGUCCAGUCGGUGCAUCACACUAAGAGGAGAGGUGGAGGAGUCCUGAGAGAGGGGUGGCUGGUCCACCACACCAACACAGACACAUUGAGGAAACGCCAUUACUGGAUCUUGGACUGGAAGAGCAUGACUCUGUACCAGAAUGAAAACACCACAAAGUUCUACAAGGAGAUCUCUCUGUCCGAGGUGCUCGGGGUCCGAGGCCCCACCCAGCUCUCCGUGCCAUCAUCAGACGGCAGCGCUCACUCGUUCGAGCUGGUGACGGUGUCGCUGGUGUACUGCGUGAUAGCCGGCGAGGAGGGGGCAGCGUGGGAGAGCGCCAUCCGGCAGGCUAUGAUGCCAGUGGAGAGCAGCAGAGGACACAAAGAUGAGAUCCAGGAUCAAUACCGAUACAGACGCAGUGCGGACAUCAGCUCGGUGUAUCAGAUCUGUACAGACGAGGUGCUGGGGUCGGGACAGUUUGGCGUGGUGUACGGAGGAACUCACAGGAAGUCGGGUCGAACAGUUGCCAUCAAGGUCAUCGACAAGACGCGUUUCCCCACCAAACAGGAGACGCAGCUGAGAAACGAAGUGGCCAUCUUGCAGAAUCUGUCGCACCCCGGCGUGGUUCUGUUGGAGGGCAUGUUCGAAACUGUCGAGCACGUGUUUGUUGUAAUGGAGAAGCUGCACGGAGACAUGCUGGAGAUGAUUCUGUCCAGUGAGAAAGGUCGACUCCCUGAACGCAUCACUCGCUUCCUCGUCAUGCAGAUUCUGGAGGCUCUGCGGUACCUGCACUUGAAGCACAUCGCUCACUGUGACCUGAAACCUGAGAACGUACUGCUGGCCACUUCAGACCCCUUACCUCAGGUGAAGCUGUGCGACUUCGGCUUCGCCCGGAUCAUAGGGGAGAAGUCUUUCCGGCGGUCCGUCGUGGGGACUCCGGCCUACCUGGCACCCGAGGUGAUCAGCAGCAACGGCUACAACCGCUCUCUGGACAUGUGGUCUGUCGGUGUCAUCAUGUACGUCAGCCUGAGCGGCACGUUUCCCUUUAAUGAAGAUGAGGACAUCCGGCAGCAGAUCACCAACGCCACCUUCAUGUACCCGCGCCAAACCUGGGCCCCCAUCUCACUGGAGGCUGUGAGCCUCAUCAAUAACCUGCUGCAGGUGUCGGUGAGACGGCGGUUCACCGUGGGCAAAGCGCUGGGACACAGCUGGCUGCAGAACUUCCAGCUGUGGUGCGACCUCCGGGAGUUCGAGCUCAGGAUGGGCUGCAGGUACCUGACGCAUCGAGGCGACGAGGACCGAUGGCGCUUCUACGCUGCAGAGAUGGGGCUGGACUUCCCCUCCCGCCUCUGCUGUGACCCCAACAAAGAAUUGGACAUGUGACCUCGAGCACAGAGGUUAAGGGUCGGACACUUUAUCAGACUGUGCAGCUACGUUUCAAAAAAAACAUUCAGCAGUGAGGCCGGGGAUCAAACGGGAGAAAAGUAAUAAAGAAACAAACACGUGUGGUUUUAAUAAUAUAAUUUUCCUUUUUUAUUUUCAAGUUGAGGUUUUUAACAUACGACUGAAAGAGUGGCAUCAGUGAUGAGACAGCAUGAGUUAGGGAUGAGGGGGAGGAGGAGGAAAAUGGAGCACAGAUGAGUUAAGAUAUCGAGAUCAUGCACAGGGAGGAGCCUAACACAGCGAUCGUCGUGGCUGACCUCUUCUCUUCAAAUGCUACCCUAAACCCUGUGUUGUGAGUACGCCUGCUAUGGUUCCACGUACAGUUUUGAUUCUUCCCGUUUCAUCCACAACUUUCCUGAUGCCCUGUCUGACACCUCUCUCUGUCUUUGCCCCCCUUCUCCUCGUAAUUUUACAAUUAGCCCAAAAAAAGGCUAAAAAAAAGGAGUUUAAUAAGAGAGGUGUGUGGGAGAGGUCGCUCUCUCUGGCCAUAACAGCUCAUCUUUCUGUAUCCGUUCCCGAGUCACCGCCCAGCCACGGCACUCUCCUCCCGUUCCCCCCACCUGUGUCUUUUAAUACUCGGCGCUCCCAUUCGUCCUCCGUGUGUUCCUGAGUUUCUUAAGGCUUUAAGAUCUCCAGGUUAAAUCGCAUCUUUGCUAACAUUCAGGUUUCACAGUGCUGUGGUGAGAGUUUUCAGUAGCACCCGACAGGCCUCGCUCCUCUGCUGACUGAACUCGUGAACGGGCUGCUGCGGGGGUUUCGUGUGAGGGCGAGUCGGUGACUCAAAAGGCCGUUUUUUUUUUUUCUAAACUUCAACAUAGCAUGCAUCUGCACAAAUACACAACCAACCAAGCCAACUCGUUUUCUUCUUUGAUCACCCUUCUACAAAAAAAAAAAAAAAAAAAAAGGAGGAGAGGGGAAGAGCAUACGGCUUUGCUCAAAAAUAAUCUAACUUUCGUUCUCUCUCGUUGCCUCCUCCUCUUUAAAGCCUUGUGAAGGCAGGUAUGUCAUUAUGUAUGCUGCUUACAUAAGUUCAGUGCAAUAACUGGUACACCUGUUUUUUUCUUCUUCUUUUCUUUUAAACGAGAGAGGAGCUAAACAGCCUGAACAGAGUUUGUGAGGUCUGAGCAAAGUCUUCUGCUCUUCCCCUCUCUGAGCAGUGUUCCUGUGUUUUAAAAAGAGGGAUGGGAGGAGGGGAGUAAAGUUAAGAUUUGAGAAGGUGGUGGGAGAAAAAAAAAAAGAAUAACGUGUUUUAAAGGGACAGUGGAAGGGUUUAAAAUCGCUCUCUCCAUACAGGAGAAAUAAGAGAAGCUGGGAAGAAGGGGUGAGGAGGAGGAGGAGGACGUGAAGAGAAGCAGCUGCGCUUAUAAGUCGCUCUCUCCGUAGAGGGCACUGGAGAAGGAGAUGUAGUCCAGGGCGCCGGCGGGACAGUCCGGUCCGACGUACCUGGUCAUGCGGGUGAUGCAGUACUCCGCCUGCUCAGGAGGCAGCUCCCUGCGCAGCUCCUCCACCGUGAUGUAAUUCUGCGGGAGAGAGAGAGAGGGGGCGAGGUGUGAUUCACGAGGAGCUAUUGUCUCCUGUUACAAAUGUAGUGGUGCAUCUGUGAGGAUCGGAGAACGAUGACUCAAGGUUCAGGCAAUCAGUCCUGCAGUUCGAAUUUGGAAAGAUGAAAACCUGAAUUUAAAUUACGGACUUACUGUUGAAAUAAAUUUGUACAAGAUAAAUCGCGAUGUUUCUCCCAGAUUUAAGGGGAAAUUUUGCUCUUUGUUUCGAUCGGGACACUCAGAGAAUCCGGGUUACGUAUGUAAUCAAAGAAAAAGCUUGGAGUGAGAUAAAGAGUGCUUCUGUAUAAUUUCUUCCUUGCAUACCUGAGUGAGUUGCCUCAGUUUGGAUUGAGUUAUUUUGGGAUAUAAGCAUUUAGGUGCCACAGCAUCACCUUCCCUUGUCAGAGGUGUUUUCUAUGAACAUGAACAUUUCAAAAAGUCUCAUCAACCUACAUACAAAGUAUCAACACAUCAGUGCUGAUACAAUCAUACCAAUGACCAAAAACCUGAUUUGUCAGAUUUCUUGUUUUUGUUUAAUUUAUUGAACUUGUUAUAAUUAAGCCAAGUUAUACUAUUUAUAUAGCCUGUUGGGUUAGAAACCAUAUUCAUUAAUAAGAAAUGUGCUGGCUCAUUGUUUUUUCUAUCAGCUUUCGAAAUCUGGUUUCUUGUUUAUUGCUUAAAUUUUCACUUCACAAAGCCGACUCCAGCCUGGGUCAUUUACAGCCUAUCCAGCAACUUGACUUUCUUAUAACAAAACCACAGCGCUCCUGGAUCACAGCUAAUACGUUACUCUCACUGUAAAUAGAUACUAUAUCAGUGGUGACAAGGUGUUUGAUACCAGAACCUUUAUGUUAUCCGUUUGUGGUCUGAGUUCCCCAAACUCAGUGAUUUCUAAAGUGUGGGCUACGAAUGAAAGUAUGUACAGUUACAUAUUUAUAUGAAUGUAUUUAUUUAUAUAAAAGGUGAAUGCAAACUGGUAACAGGAGGAGUUUAGACUGUGAUGUUACUCAUUACUCUGAGUGUCCCAGUGGUAGGUGGGUCAUACUUAGGACUUAACUCUGCAUAUGACUGUGUAGCAUUAGAGAUUUAUAGCCAACAGUCUGUGUUUUUUAUGUUUGUUGUUUUUUUUUAAAUAAAAAU